AGAGCAGAAACUGAACCUUGAUGGAGUAGGUGGAAAGAAGAGGCCGGGUAAUAAAUAGGAUUUUAAUGGAAAUUUAAGUUGAUUGAGGACUGAAGACUGAAGGCUUGACAACCUGAUCGAAGUAUUGUUAUAAGACUUCAAAUCCAAUAUGAUCAAGAUAAUUCUUGUUAUUGCAUUUUUGGCAAAUUCUUGUUGGGCACUUUAUCCAAGUAGUGGAAGUGUGGUCGAACUAACGCCCAGCAAUUUUGAUAAGUUAGUUAUCAAGGGAGAUGAGAUAUGGAUAGUGGAGUUCUUUGCUCCUUGGUGUGGACACUGCCAAAGUUUGGUACCUGAGUAUACCAAAGCAGCAAAUGCUCUGAAGGGAGUCGUUAGAGUAGGUGCAGUCGAUGUAGAUAACCAUAAAGAGUUAGGAGGCAGGUAUGGGGUACAAGGUUUCCCAACUAUAAAGAUUUUUGGAGCAAAUAAAAACAAACCAGAAGACUACAAUGGUGGAAGAACUGCAAAGGAUUUGGUUGAAGCUGGAUUGAAAGCUGCUAGAAGUAAAGUGAAAGCAUCUCUUGAUGGUGGAUCAUCUGGAUCUUCCAGUGAUUCUGGUGAUGAUGACGUUAUUGAACUUACCGACAGCAACUUUGAUAAACUUGUAUUGAAAUCAGAUGACUUGUGGUUGGUUGAAUUUUUCGCACCAUGGUGUGGUCAUUGUAAAAACCUUGCUCCACACUGGUCUAAAGCAGCUAGGGAACUGAAGGGCAAAGUCAAACUUGGUGCUUUGGAUGCCACUGUUCAUCAAGCUAAAGCGGCGAAGUAUGGAGUAAAAGGUUACCCGACUAUCAAAUUCUUUGCUCCUGGGGCCAAGGACUCUCCUGUCGACUUUGACGGAGGCCGAACUUCCAGCGAUAUUGUGAAUUGGGCUUUGGACAAACUCGCGGAGAACAUUCCAGCUCCUGAAUUGGUUCAAAUCGUCAAUGACCAGUCAUUCAGGGAUGCGUGUGAAGACAAACCGUUGUGUGUUGUAGCUGUUCUUCCACAUAUUCUAGAUUGUCAGUCAGAGUGUAGGAAUAGCUAUAUCCAAAUGCUGACCAACAUGGGUGAAAAGUUCAAAAAGAAGAUGUGGGGUUGGGUUUGGUCUGAGGCAGGAUCACAACCAGAACUGGAAGCUGCCGUGGAUAUUGGUGGUUUUGGAUACCCAGCUAUGGCUGUUGUCAGUCCAAAGAAAUUGAAAUACUCCAUUCUUCGUGGUGCAUUUUCCAAGGAUGGAAUCUAUGAAUUCUUGAGGGACUUGUCUUAUGGCAAGGGUAACACAGCCCCUGUCAAGGGUGAAUCACUUCCGAAGAUGAACACUAUUGAAGCUUGGGAUGGUAAAGAUGGUGUGCUUCCAGAAGAAGAAGAUAUUGAUCUCUCUGAUGUAGAUCUAGAUGAGAAAGAAGAAUUGUAAAUUUUUUUGGUUUCCAAAUUAUGUUUCUGUCCAUUACUAAUCAAUUCAACUGUGAAUUAGUAAUACACAGAUUCAAGAUUUUCAUUAUUUAUUCGUCAUAUGGUUUGAUUAGUUUUCUUUAAAAUGUUCUUUGAAAAUCAUUUCUAACCGUUCAGUUUUUGUAAUAAGUUUUGUAAAUUUGUAACAUUAAAGUCUGCUAUAUUUUU